ACACUAUAAAUAUAUUAGGUACGUGUGACACUAUGUCGAAGCGGCGGCGGUACAAUAAAUUUAUUGAACCUGAUUACGACAGGCAUGAAGUAUCUCAUCAAACUCACCAAAAGUGGAUAAAUUCUGUGCAAGCAGCGACAGAAAAAAUUGCACCAAUGGUGGAGGAAGUGGACGCUACUACUGGGAACCAACUAACAAUAAGUGAUCUCCCGUAUGCUAACGAGACAGAUGUGAGCAACAAUUCCUCUGAGAGUUACUUUUCUUCAAGUUAUGAAGACAAUGAUAAUAAUCUGCAACGAUCGUUUGGCAAGUCUCAUUCACAAAUUCAUAAAGUCGAAGAAAGUAAGAAAAGAAACAAUAAUUUCUAUGAAAUACUGAUAUUUGGCUAUUAUAUUGUUAUAAUAUGUUUGUUCAUUAAAAUACGCAAUUGAAAUUUUAUUUUGUA